GCCCAUUUAGGGUUAUCCCCCCGCUGCGCUGCUGUUUUCCAUUCCAGCGCUCGCGCCAUUGCGGCACAGACUGCUACGCGCGUAGCUGGUGUGCCCCCCUCAACUGAACUGGGCCAAACGCUUAGCCGUAACUGCCAGUCUAUACCUCCCCGUCUCUUACCGUCGUUUCUUACCUCCUCUUACCUCCUCCCUUUAACGCCGCCCCUCCCCGAUGAAGGACCACGACGCGACCUCCUGCGACGUGGCGCACUUCCUGAAAAACUUCGCAGACUUAGAAAAAUCCUACGAACACCUCCUCAACCGGAAAAAACAAAACGAGCUGAGACUCACUGAGGCGCUCAGGAGUCUUGAAGAAAUGAAGGAGCAGUACGAACAGGAAAAAAAAAAGAAUUUCGAAAUGUCAAUUGCUAUAGGGGAGCACACAGAUAGGCUCAUAAAAAAGCACAGUUACGCGGAAAGCUACGACUUUGUGAAAAGGCAGAACGAUGAUUUUAAAGAAAAAAUCGAAUCCCUGCGUAGGGAAAAGGAACAGGACAAGCUGCUCAUGGAGGAGAGAGCAAAAACGCUGGAGAUGAAGAAACAGAGAGAAGUGGAAGAAUACAAUAGCAAGCUGAGAGAGAACAAAAAUAAAUUGCUCCAACUGGAGAGUCAAAUAGUGGAGCUUGAUAUGGACAUCGUGUCAAAGGACGAGGAGAUAAACAAACUCUCCUCACUUUUAAAAGAAAUUAAAAAGGAACACGAAGCGGAGAAGCUGGAAUACGAGCUGAAGAUAAAAGAGUUGAUAAAAAAAAAAGAGGAAAGCAGUCGGAAAAGUAAGGAGGCCAUGCGGGAUAUAAUAAAUGACACUGGAAACCACGCCUUGAAAAAUUUAAAAAACAAGCUCCACAUACUCCAGCAGAAAUGCAACAAGAUGGAAAAGGAAAAUGCCAAUUUGAAAAGGACCCUAAACAAAGCCGAGAAAAAAACCAGCAGUGCGCAAGACCGCACGAAAACGGGAUGCAUCAAAGGCUUAUAUAAAAUAUAAAAGGGGU